GAGCCACUGCGCUGCUGGCUGCAGACACAGGUCGCACCAUGAAGCUGGCCCUCCUGCCCUGGGCUCUGCUGCUGCUGGCGACAGCCCCUGGCCGGGGCCCUGGGCCCACAGCAGAUGCCCAGGAGAGCUGCUCCCUGCGCUGUGGGCACCUGGAAGGGCCGUGCUCCUGCCACCCGACCUGCUCUGGCCUCAGCACUUGCUGCUCAGAUUUCCGGGACUUCUGCUUGGAGAUCUCGCCCUACUCAGGCUCCCUGAUGGGUGGCAAGGACUUCGUGCUGCAGAAGCUCAAGUCGUCCAGCCGCACAGACGGCGUAGGCGUAAUCUGCAGGUUUAAGGAGAGCAUCGAGACCAUCGGCCACGUGGACUUCUCCGGGCAGGUGCAUUGCGUGUCACCCCUGCUCUACGAGAGCGGCCGCAUCCCCUUCACUGUCUCGCUGGACAAUGGCCGCUCCUUCCCUCACGCAGGCACCUGGCUGGCAGUGCACCCCAACAAAGUGUCGGAAACAGAGAAGAGCCACCUGGUGAAUGAGACCCGCUGGCAAUACUACGGCACGCAAGACGCCGCGGGCAACCUGAGCCUGACCUGGAACAGCUCAGCACUGCCCGCGCAGGCCGUCACCAUCGAGCUGUGGGGCUACGAGGAGACGGGGAAGCCAUACUCUGGGGAGUGGACAGCGAAGUGGUCAUACCUGUACCCCCUGGCCUCAAACAUCCCCAACUCUGGCUUCUUCACCUUCACCCCGGAACCUGCACUCCCCAACUACCAGGAGUGGAAAGUGGGUGCACUCCGGAUCAUCGACAGCAAGAACUACCCAGGGCAGAAGGACGUGCAGGCACUCUGGACCAACGAUCACGCGUUGGCCUGGCACCUGGGCGAUGACUUCCGGGAGGACCCCGUGGCCUGGGCUCUUGCUCAGUGUGGGGCCUGGGAGAAGCUGGAGGACCAGAUGCCUGACUUCCUGGAGGAGCUGCCCGACUGCCCCUGCACCCUGGAGCAGGCCCGGGCCGACUCCGGCCGCUUCCACACGGACUACGGCUGUGACAUAGAGCAGGGCAGCGUGUGCACCUACCACCCAGGGGCCGUGCACUGUGUGCGCUCCGUGCAGGCCAGCCCCCGGUACGGCGCUGGCCAGCAGUGCUGCUACACGGCGGACGGCACCCAGCUCCUGACCGCUGACUCAAGCAGCGGCAGCACCCCCGACCGCGGCCACGACUGGGGCGCACCCCCGUUCCGCACGCCGCCCCGCGUGCCCGGCAUGUCCCACUGGCUCUACGACGUCCUCAGCUUCUAUUACUGCUGCCUGUGGGCGCCUGACUGCUCCCGCUACAUGCAGCGCCGGCCCUCGAACGACUGCCGCACCUACCGGCCCCCGCACCUGGCCUCCGCCUUUGGAGACCCGCACUUCGUCACCUUCGAUGGCACUAAGUUCACGUUCAACGGGCGGGGCGAGUACGUGCUGCUGGAGGCGGUGCUGACCGACCUGAGGGUGCAGGCGCGGGCCCAGCCCGGGCUGACAGCCAACGGCACGCAGACCCGCGGCACGGGGCUGACCGCUGUGGCCGUCCAGGAGGACGACUCGGACGUGGUGGAGGUCCGGCUGGCCCACAAGGCCGGGGCCCUGGAGGUGCUGCUGAACCAAGAGGUGCUCAGCUUUGCCGAGCAGAGCUGGAUGGACCUGAAGGGCAUGUUCCUGUCGGUGGCUACGGAGGACAAGGUAUCAGUCAUGCUGGCUUCGGGGGCCGGCCUGGAGGUCGGCAUUCAGGGCCCAUUCCUGAGUGUGUCCGUCCUGCUGCCCGAGAAGUUCCUCACCCACACCCUCGGCCUCCUCGGGACGCUCAAUAACGACCCCACCGACGACUUCACCCUUCGCAGCGGGGAGGUUCUGCCCCCAAGCGCCAGUCCCCGGGAUCUGUUCCAGUAUGGGGCCAGCUGGGCCGUGCACAACGCCUCCUCCCUGCUCACCUAUGACUCCUGGUUCUUGAGGCACAACUUCCUGUACCAACCCAGGCACGACCCCACCUUCGAGCCCCUCUUCCCCGGUGAAGCCACCCUCAGCCCCGGCCAGGCACAUGAGGCGGCUGAACUAUGCGGGGAUGAUCCCUUCUGCAACUUCGAUGUGGCGGCCACCGGGAGCCUGAGCACAGGCAACGCCACGUGGGUGGCCCACCAGCUGCACCAGCGUCGUGUGCAGAGCCUGCAGCCGGUGGUGUCCUGUGGCCGGCUGGCCCCUCCCCUCAACGGGCACAAGGAUAGCAUCAGGUAUCUGGUGGGCUCCACCGUCCGCUUCCACUGCAACAACGGCUACAGCCUGGCCGGGGCAGACACCAGCACCUGCCAAGCUGAUGGCACCUGGUCCACACCCACCCCGGAGUGCCAGCCAGGACGGAGCUACGCGGUGCUGCUGGGCAUCAUCUUCGGAGGCCUCACGGUGGUGGCCGCAGUCGCGCUGGCCUAUGUGCUGCUGUGCCGCCAGAAGGGCAACAUGCACGUCUGGGGCUCACAGCCGUGA